AUGGCAGGUUUCGUCGCCGUACUUAUUGCAGCCCUCCGGGCGAUAGGGGUGUCGGUGUCGGCUAUGGCAGCUGGAUUUCUCGGUGCACGUCUCGGUAUCAUCUCGCCACAGGCGCAGAAGUCGAUGGCAGCGAUCUCCAUGAACAUCUUGAUCCCUGCGUUGCUCUUCACGCGGAUAAUUUACUGUGACCAGUGCAACCAGCACUUAGCGCAGUGCACCCGCUGCAGUCGCUUCAUCGACAUCCUUUGUAACAGCUGGGUGCUCAUUCUCCUGCCGUUCGUCGUUGUGGGAGUUGGGGUGUUUCUGGGGAAGCUGACGGCCGUGUUGACAGCUGCACCAUCAAGCUUCAGCAAGGGUACGAUCUGUGCUAUCGCAUUUGGCAACUCCACGGGCCUUCCCAUUGUGCUGCUGACUGUCAUUUCGCAGUCUGCGGCCUCCCUCGCUCCGUCCAAGCAGCUCGAUCCUUUGCAGCACUUGCCCGUCUACCUGAUGCUCUACCCGGUUCUGCAAUGGAGCAUCGGAUCUUGGCUCCUAGCAGACACUGCGGGGCAGCAGACAGAGGCUGUGGACACUGACCCCGAAAUCUCGGAGGUAGAAUCGAUACCAAGUUCAGAGGCCUCACUGUCCCAGACAAGUGAGCACAAGCGCUGCCUCCGUGUUCUUCAACAGCUCCGAAGUAUCUUGCAGCAGGGUUUGACUCCACCCGUUUUGGGUGCCUUACUUGGCUUGCUAGUGGGCUUCACCCCUGUUCGCGCAUGGCUGGUGGAUCUUCGUGACCAGGAUAACGAUGCCCCUCUCCAGUGGUUCUAUGCAGGGUUUUACAAGCUCGGAGACGCCGCAGUGCCUGUGAACCUUCUGAUCCUCGGCAGCUCGCUUGCUAAGGGCGCAGACUUCCACGCCCUCCCUUGCCGUGUGGGCUUGGGAAUUGCAUUCAGCAAACUGAUCCUCAUGCCAGGUUUUAUGGUUCUUAUCGUGUAUGGCUUAAUCCGCCUCAUCCCGAACAAGGGCUACUCCCUUUGGCUUGUAGCUCUGGUGGUGUCGUGCACUCCUACAGCCAACAACGUAGCAGUAAUGGCCCAAAACGGAGGCCAAAGCAAGGAAGGAAUGGCCACUGCCAUCUUCCUUCAGUACUUGUUUGCUCCGAUUUGCGUGACGUUGUCGCUAGCUGCCUUCAUCCAGCUCUUGUCAUCGGAUUGGUUCCUGCCGCCUGUGUAG